CGGCGCGGCGCGGCUGCAGCCCCCCGGCAGCCCCGGGCCCGGCGGCGCAGCCAUGCCCGCAGCCCGCGCCGGGCCCCGCCGGGCCGCCCUGCGCCCGCUGCAUCGCGGCGCCCCGGCUACAGCCAGCCGCGCUCCCCUGGGCACGCUGUCUGCCUCCUCCUCCUCGUCCUCCUCCUCCUCCACCUUCUCCUCCUCCUCCUCCUCCUCCCACGGAGCCACCCUCGUCCUCCGCCCCCUCUCCCUGCCAGCCUCCUCCCCGCCCUUCCCCGCUCCCCACGCCGCUGCCGGAGCCGCGCGUCACUCGGGCUCCAGCCCCGCCGCAGACAUGGCGACGCUGGCCGCCGUGCAGCCGCUCACGCUGGACAGAGAUGUUGCAAGAGCAAUUGAGUUACUGGAGAAACUGCAAGAAUCUGGAGAAGUACCGGUACACAAGCUACAGUCUCUAAAGAAGGUGCUGCAGAGUGAGUUUUGUACAGCUAUCAGAGAGGUGUAUCAAUACAUGCAUGAAACCAUAACUGUUAAUGGCUGCCCCGAGUUCCGAGCCAGGGCCACUGCAAAGGCAACAGUUGCUGCUUUUGCUGCAAGUGAAGGCCAUUCACACCCGCGAGUGGUGGAGCUGCCAAAGACUGAUGAAGGCCUGGGCUUUAAUGUGAUGGGAGGAAAGGAACAAAAUUCACCUAUUUAUAUUUCUCGCAUCAUUCCUGGAGGAGUGGCAGAAAGGCAUGGAGGGCUCAAACGAGGGGACCAGCUGCUUUCAGUUAAUGGAGUGAGCGUGGAAGGGGAGCACCACGAGAAGGCAGUGGAGCUGCUGAAGGCGGCUAAGGACAGCGUCAAGCUGGUGGUGCGCUACACUCCCAAGGUGCUGGAGGAGAUGGAGGCUCGUUUCGAAAAACUGAGAACAGCGCGGCGCCGGCAACAGCAGCAAUUGCUCAUUCAGCAGCAGCAACAGCAGCAAACUACACAGCAAAAUCACAUGUCGUUAUUCUCAAGAAAAAAAAAGCCUCGAUCAAGAGUGCAGUAAUCAAGCAACCAGAGCUGUACUUCAGUAUUCCAGCAAAAGGGAACAACUACAGGAACACAAAACAGAAUUCAUCUGGAGAAUGUACAGUUCAAGCAUAAUGUAGUUAAGACAGCCAUAUAGGGGGUACUUUCAUUAUAAGGCUUUUCAGAACAUGGCAGUCACAGGUACAUACUACUUCUGUGACUCUAUGCCUAAUGAGAACAGCAUGGUAAGUAAACAACAUGAGACAGAGAAGUCCAGGGCUUCCAAAUAAUUCUGUUUGUUCUAAUCUUGCACUCCUUACUCUUACAAAUUGGCCAGUUGGCUUUCUCUAGUCAGUGAAAGUUUUGGUUUAAGGAGAUCAAGAUUGGCUGGUUUGGGGGACAAAAUCUUUCUCUACAGUUAUCUCCAGAAAUAAACUACAUCAUUUCAGAAUUUUGCCACAGACAUCAAACUCACACGUUGCGCUUCAUAGCCACUUUGUAAUUUAUAUUGUAGAGCAGUUUUAACCUAACUUCCUGUUUAUAAUUUUCAAUUUUCCCUCUGAAAAUAGCAAUUUACUAUAUUUAUAAAGUAUUCCAUUUGUAGAAGCAAUUAGCUUUUUACUCUUGGUGUUUCCAUAUAUUUUAUUAUGCAUCAACAGAGUGAGAAAGUUUUAGGUCAAUUUUAAUUUUAUUAGUAGUAAAGUUAGGGAAUCCUAGAACUGUAUUUUUAAAUGUAGGCAUUGCUUGUAUCUAUUAUAGCUACGAUUCAGAAAUCUAUAACUGGAUAUAUUAUAUAUUUAUUCCAUAAAAUAUAUAUUGUCUGAAUGUACCUGUUAGAGAAGUAGGGUCUUUGCUUAGCAUGUAUUGCAAAUGUAGUAAGCUAAUGUUAGCAAAAGACCAAGCUUUGUUUGGCAGAUAUUCCUGUGAUAGCAUAAUCUAAGCUUUUUUUGUAUUAUUUAAUUUAUUUUCCAGUCUAAUGUUAAUAUAUUUUAGAGAGGAGGAAGUGUAAGUUGUUUCUUUUAAAACCUUCACGUUAUUGUUUAAAUCAAUUUGAAGUUAAUGGUUCUGACUUUUUUUUUUUUUUUAAAUCAAACCAAAUUGGAAUGCACAAACAAAACACAUAAUUAAGUUCUUAAGUUUACAUGUCUGCUUUUCCAAAGAAAAUAGUCAAAGCUGGAAGGCUUUAAAUGUCAUCUACUUUCAAGAAAUUAAGAAAGUGGAAUCCCCAUAUUCUAAUAAAUGAUCAUUUAAAGCAUGCCUUCUGUGCUACAUUAGGAAAUGCCUGGGGAAGAAAAAGAGCUUAGGGCAGAGCCCUACAGCCCUUGCAUAUUGAAAACUCUAGCUGAUGUUAGUGAAAUUUUAGCAAUGCAAGGAAAGUAGAAAUAGUCUGAACAAGUGUUUUUGUUCUGAACUUGGAAAAAAGUCAGCAACAGAUUUUAUUUUGAAGGAUCUACUCUCAGAGGGAGGCAAAGCAAAGCAGGGGUAAUGGGCAGUAUCAUAUGUAUGUUAAAAAACAGAUGGAGGCUGGCCACCAGUCUUGACAGUGUUUUAUUAGUGUAAGUAGCAAUUGAAAAGAAAUUACUGUAUUUUUAAAGCCAGACAUCAUGAAUACGUGCAGAAAAAGCUCAUUUUAUACAGAAAAGUAAUUCUAUCCAGUGGCUGUUGGUGACAAUACGAAUUAAGACAGUGGAGCUUGAGCACUGCCAGAAUUAAAGAUGAAAUAUAUUGUAUUGUGCUCUGCCCAGUGUCUUUUUAUACUUAAUAAAAUUGUAUGUACCUAUUUUAAAGCUGUUUUCUCAAACAGACAUUGCUGUUAAUAUUGACGGUAUAUAACUUGUUAUUAUGACUACAUAAAACUGUUCUGUAUCUCAUCAGUAUGAUUUGAGUUACACUGAUAUUUGUGCAUUUUCAGAGACCAAAUACUAUUCAGAUUUAGUCAGCCCACUGUACUGCAUUUUUCCAGACUGCCUCUCCACCUCCUCCCCUCCUCUUCCUCAAAAAAUUUAGGUUUGAUGGAGUGGAAUGUGCUGAUUAAUAAAUUUCAAUAAUAGAAUGUCAUUCAUAUAGAGAAGCAUAUCAAAUUCAUUUUCAUAUAUUAUUAUUCAAUAAAUUAUUAAUGCACACUGAUAUUAACACUCCAGUCUUUGCCAGCAUUUAAAAAUAAGAUGAAAGACAAAUACAAGUAAAAUAUAACCAUUAACAAAUGUGAAGUAGAAGCAGGGAGAAAAAACUCCUUAAGGGUUACUUUUCAUGCCCCCUACUGAUCAAUAAAACAUAUAGCCACUUCAUCACAGAGUAAUCUGUGUCUCUUAAAACUAUCGUUGCAUUUUGUUAUAAACAGUCUUACUGUUUGUGAUUUCAGUGCCUUUGGUCCUGAUGCAGUAAGGCAUUUCCACAUAGGCACUGCUGAAUUAGGCCCUAAAAGUAGUGCAGGAAGGACAACAUUUAUUUACCACAUGCAGGUCUGAAGGUACUUGUGCAUCACAUUUUAACUGACAGGUCUUCUGACAUUUGCUGUUUCACUACAUGGAGUUUACUGUUUCACGACACAGGCUGACAUUCCUUCAGGCAACUUAGUGACUUUUAUUGCUCACAUUUACCCUUGGUGCUUCCCUGUGCUUCCCUGCAGUGGCAGCAAAUCGAACUAGGAGAUCCAAGAAGUCUUUUCUGUCUCGUACUACAGUAACCAAAGGGGUGUUGUGAUUUUUACAAGCUGUUGCAUUAUGUUCACCUAUGCCAAAGAUUCAGAUGUAAAAAUUGAUGAUAAUAGGCAUUGAGGGACAGUGUCAUUUACUUACGGAAGCUGAUGGAUCUGCUGUUCUAGCCAUAGUUUUUCUAUUUGUGCCAUUUGAUCUGACUGGCAGUUUAUUGGGGAUUUAAUGAUUUUAUAUCCCUUGACAAAGUGAAAAGCUCACCAGGUUGCAUUUUCCUCUUCUCCUUCUACAGUGACAAAUCAUAGAUGAAAGGUCAAUGAACGCACAUGAGUGGAAGCAAUGACAUAAAAACCUGUCUGCAGUUCCUUGGUGAAUAAUACUGCAGACCUCUUAGUCCUAUGUAUUGUACCUUUUGUACAAAUUUGUCACAGCCAAUGUGACAAACCUGACCUUUGGGAACUCUUGCAGAAGGCACAAAAAUAUAUGCCACAUUUGCUGGAUAAGAAACUGUUUAUUCAGCUACUGAUUUUAGAGAUUUUAGAGUUCUAUAUGAAAUCUAAGAUCUUAUAAGCAAACAAGGUUUCUAGAAUAAAAAAUUCCACACAAGAAGAACGUUGUUUUUGCCUGUGCUUGAAAUAAUACAGGAUUUUAAAUAUAAUUACAGAAUUAAAAAUAGUUAUUGUGUGCAUACAAGAUGUAUUUCAUUACAAGAUGAGAGACUGUUUCAGAAAGUAGCAGCUAUGUUAAAAAGUAUGAGAUUGAAAAAAAAAAUAAAAAGGUGGGACCAAGCACUCUUCUAAUGCAGAAUUGUGUCUAGAAGAGCUAAGGGAAUUUGUGCAUAUAUAAGCAGAGGAUUAUCAGCUAGAAGUAGUACUGUCCCUGCAUAAGCAUUAGUAAAACCAUUUCUGUGUCUAGCGUUGAAGAAAACAGAACUACAGGUUUCAAAAGCAGAGAGCAUUCAGGAAUGGUUUGCAAGAAUGUGCUGCAUGCUAUGAUACAUAUCUUGUGAGAAACACAGUCCAUUACGCUUAACCAGGAGAAGGUCAAGACGAAUUAGGGAUGCGUUCAGACAGUCUUGCCAGCAGGCCCAAGCUCACCCCACUUCUCCAUGAAGGAAAUGUAAUCUGGUGCUCUGAACCAGCAGAAAGAUUUAGAUAUAUGCUUGAUGGAUUCAUUGCCUCUACCUCCAGCUGUCUAAAAGCAAUCUGCAGAGCUUAAGCCGACUGUUUCUUUGGUCAGUGGUGAGUUAGAGGCAUCCCUAGAAUGUGAUUAAUUCCACCUGUCUCUGACAUCUAUCUUAAAACAGGAUAAUGUGCCCUGUGAAAGGGCUUACAAGCAGAGCCCCUGACUGAACAGAGAGCCUAAAUGACUGACUAGGUUGGAGUAAGCAGUGUCUUUUGUUUUCUUGCUGCUCUGCUCACGCACAGCUUCAUGUAAUAAAUAAAUAAAUAAGCAAGCAAGCUGCCUGUGUUGAAUUCCCUAGUCUAAAAUUUCUACCUGCGUAGCUGAGAUGACUAAUACGCCUUACACAUGAUCUGAUUUGCAGGCAGGUUCCUGUUGAUGCAGUUGUCUGUUCUGAAACGUUCGGAAAUGUUUCAUGUAAUUCCCAACAUAACAAUAUGCAAUAAUUCUAAAAUAAAUUUGAGAGCUCAGGGCUAUCCUUAGCAAUUGUUUUGGUCUGUGUUAUAUCCAGGAGCAGACUACCAAAAUCCAGUCUGUGAGUGUUAAUAACAGAAGUCUAUGCUGCCACCAGUAGCACUUGGCUAGUAUUUUAAAAUAGCUGUAGUCUGGAAGAUGAACAAUUGCUUUUGAUUUUUGGUUACAGACAGAGAUGCACAAAAAUCAAAUCCAUCAAUCUUCCAAUGCAGGAAUUUGUUAUACCAAAAUUCAUAGCAAAACAUAACCAGUUUUGAAAUUUAGAAACCUGUAUUAAUUUGGGGUAAAUUAAAAAGGUGACAAAAGGAAAGAUGUCUAUAAGGAGCAGCGAAAAAACAAAAAAAACAAAAACCAAAACUAUAGGGAUUUAACCCCCAUUCUGCUUUAAUUUAUUUUCUUACAGUUAGUUUUAUUAUUAUCAACUCAUGUGACUAAAAGGUUCAGCAGUUGCACUUACUUUUGUCUAAACUAUAAAGAGCUGAGUAGAUGAGUAAAGAGUAGAUGAAUACUUCUCUUCCUUCCUCCUUUCUUUCUCUGAAGCUUACAUCAGGUUGGGUUCUGUCUGCAAGAAAGUAACACCCAAACACGUCCCAGUGCUAGAGAAAGUUUCUUCGUUAGUCAAAUUACAGUUCACAGAAUCCUUGAGUGGCUGAGGCUGGCAGGGCCUCUGGGGACCACCAGGCCCAAGCCUCUCUCCUUCCUUCACAUGAAUUUUCUUUCAGCUGAGCACUGACGCUUGCCCACAUACAUCUCCUGCAUGUACAAUCUCCUCAGCCAGCUGCCGCAUUCAAACUUAGCCAGGUCCACCUCUUGGAGCACUCUUUUACAGGGAGGGGACCUGAGCAUCAAUUAACUCAGACUAACAGGUGGGUGCUGGCAACUUCUUAUGUAGCAGUAUUUAUCUCCACUGUUUUGUUUUGCACCAAAUAUUGCAAUAUCACUAAUUUGAUUUCAGACACAUCGCAUUUGAUUCCUCUGUAUGCACAGCAAGCUUGGAAGUCUGUUGUAUGGACAAAUCUAGUUAUCAUUACACAUAUUUUGCAUAGAUUUACGAACUGGCUUUCACAACUACUCCAUUUCCCUUGGACCGUGACACCCUACAGUUCCGAGCUGAAUAAAUACACCAAGGGAGACGCCUAGUGUUUAACGAUGUGCGUAGCAUCUUUGGCUGUCCCUACCACUGCUAGAGUUGGCUUUCUGCUAGCAUUAAAAAUGCAGAUGUGCACAGA